ACAAAAGCACCACCAGUAACCACCACAGCAAAGCAGUGGGCGCAAUCAACACUAACCCCACCCACCCAGCCACCUAUUAGCACCUAAUGUCUAGAGAGAGAAAGGGAAUGCAGUGGGCGCAAUCAACACUAACCCCACCCACCCAGCCACCUAUAAGCACCUAAUGUCUAGAGAGAGAAAGGGAGUUUUAGAGAGAGAAUGAGAGAGAGUUAGUGGGGGAUGGGUGGGUGGUGGGGGAAGCCAGGAGUAUGGUGGUGGAGUUGUUGUCUGCGUGUACACAGCACAACCCCGUGCACGCUAGCAUCAUCCCCCCACCCACCCAACCAGCACUUGACCAAUCCUUUUACAUUCAAUAUGCUACCCACCGCUAUCAUAACCACAACCACCACCUCCACCUCUACCACUCUUAUCACCACCGUCUCCACCUUUUUGCUAAACUGCGCCUCCCCAAAACCAUCACCGCUCCGCAAUGUCCGAUCCUUCACAACCACCACCUCCACCGCUCUAAUCACCACCACCCACCUCCACCGCCACGACCACUUUGCUAAUUUACGCCUCCCAAACCCCAUCACCACUAAAAUUCCUCUGCCAAGUCCGAUCCUUCACAACCACGACCACCUCAACCUCUCUAAUCACCAUCACCAGUUUGCUAACCUGCGCCUCUUCCCAAAAAUUCCUCCGCCAUGUCUGAUCCGCCACAACCACAACCACCACCUCCACCCCCAAGGAAAUUCCCAGCUCCGUGCUGGACCCAGGAGGAAACUGUGGUCUUAAUCGAGGCUUAUCGCGAGAGAUGGUACGCUCUCCGCCGCGGGUACCUCCGCACCGCUGACUGGGAUGCAGUCGCCGCUGACGUUGGCCGCCGCUGCCCCAACGCCAGUCCUGCCAAAACCUCCGCCCAGUGCCGCCACAAGAUGGAGAAGCUCCGCCAGCGGUACCGGGCCGAGAAGCAGCGAUCUCUCUCCUUCCCUGGACGCUUCUUCUCUACCUGGAUCUUCUUCGAGAACAUGGAUUCCAUGGAAAUUCCUUCCUUGGCCGUUCGAUCUAACCAAAGUUCUGGAAAUCAGGUAACUACUGUAAUCGAUCAACAUACGGUCCCUUUGGGGUUUAAAUUGAAGAAUUCUAAGAAGAUUGAUGGGGAUUCAAACCCUGUUCUUAGUUUCAAUCACGACGGUGUCGAUCCGGGUGAUGGGUUUCGCGUGAAAAAUAUAGAUGAUCGAAAUUCAGUUACUUUAGGGUUUAGGUCAAAGAAUUUUGGUAAGAUUGAUGGACAUUCUAACCCUAAUUUUGGUUCUAAGGUUAUGAAUGGGUAUUCAUCGUAUCUGGACAAUGGUUCUGAUGAAGAUGUUGAUGAUAGUACUGAGUUUGGAGAUGGAUUCCGUCCUCCAGGGAUUAGAGGAAAGAAAUAUAGCAAGAUUUAUGGGAAUUCGAAAGCUAAUCUUGAUUCAAACCAUGAUGCUGAUGACAAUAUCAAUGUUGCUGCAGGUAGAUUUCGUCUAAAAAUCCCAAUUGAUCAAAAACCGGCACUUCCUGGAUUUAGGGGUAAGAAACACGGCAUGAUUGAUCCUAAUUUUGAUUGUGAUUACGGUAUCUACAAUGGAAUAGAUGCCAAUGGUUUCUCUGUGAAGGCUCCCAAAGAUAGGAACUCAGUACCUCUUGGGUUUAGGGCAAAGAAUAGUGGAGUGACUGAUGGGAACUCAAACCCUAAUCUUGAUUCUAGGGGUUUGAAUGGGUUUUCUUCUUUGCCGAGACCGGUGUUUGGGAAGAAGAGUGAUAGUAGAGGGGUUAAGAGAGAGGGGGGUCUGAUUUCGGAUAUGGUUUCUUCUAUAAAGAUGUUGGGGGAAGGAUUUGUAAAGAUGGAGAAGAUGAAGAUGGAGAUGGCUAGGGAGAUUGAGCAAAUGCGAAUGGAGAUGGAAAUGAAGCGUAGCGAGUUGAUACUCGAGUCACAGCAACAGAUUGUUGAUGCUUUUGUGAAGGCGUUAUUGGGGAAUAAGAAGCAGAAGAUGAAGGUAACAGAGUCACCUGAUUCAUAGUUGGAGAAGUACUAUCUAUGUUAUUAGUUCUACUUAAAUCCUCUCCCGAUUUUCCAUUGGAAAAUAUGGGAAUUUUUUUUUUUUUUUAUUUUUUUUUUUU